CAAAGAUGCCGGGCCUGGCGGCCGCAAGCCCUGCCCCAUCUGACUCACAGGAGAAGAAGCCGCUGAAGCCCUGCUGCGCCUGCCCGGAGACCAAGAAGGCGCGCGAUGCGUGCAUCAUUGAGAAAGGAGAGGAGCACUGUGGACACCUAAUUGAGGCCCACAAGGAGUGCAUGAGAGCCCUGGGAUUUAAGAUAUGAAAUGGUGGUUUACUCUGUAAAUGAAUAAUCCUUGAAGAAUGAAGAAGAUUGAAUAGUUUUGAGAAUUCUUUGAGGAACUUUGAUAAAUGGAAAAAGUAUUUAUAAUUUAUU